UCUCACACACUCUGUCUCUCACAUGCUCAGCCUCACACUAUCUGUCUCUCACACACACUGUCUCACACUCUCUGCAGUGGCAAGCACCUCCCCCGCCCCUGGGAUCCCCAGUACUGAGCCUCUCUCACACAGCUGCACUAGCUGAUACAGCUUCCAUGGAAUAAAGGUCACAGCUACUCAAAUAUACAGUCUACGGAGAGCAGUCCCGGGCCAAAAAUAUUCUCCUUCGGAGGGCUUCAAUUGGUCAGCACCAUCUCAAAAUUGAAGCCUUUAGUAAUCGGGGAUUUGUGAAACGAGUAACAUAUCUGAACUGUAAUGUGAAACCCCUCAUCAAAUCGUUUGCUGCGGGUGAAGCCAUAAUCCAUUGCCCAUUGCUGCAAGUCGUUUGAUUCAGUUCGAUACACCCUGGAAUGGAUUAAAGCACAGCGAUUCGACCAUCUUUGUUUGUUGUGACAACCCGAACUGAUCCCUCUGCGAAUCAAUGUGGGCUUUUCCAGCUUUGGAAGGCAGCCAAUUAACAGUGCUAUGCUUGUUUGACUCACUUGGAUUCAGUGCUCUGUGCUGAGACUGGAGCCGUGUGCCAUGUAUCAAGGUCUGCAAGUCAUGCGAAAGUUCCUGUUUGUUGGAAUAACCUUUGCUGCCUUGCUUCAUUUCAUGCUUCACAUAUUUGUGCAGAAGAAAACCAUCUCCACGUUACCGACAAACGCUGUGAAAGAAUUUAAAACCUGCUACAAUGAAAAGUUUCAGUUAAUUCUAAACAUGUCUGAAAUUGAUCCAUUUCUUUGUCAAGACUUCAGGAAGCAAUCUGUGAAACUGGGGAGCAACAAGCUUGACCUGCCAUAUGGUACACGUAGAGGAGAUAGGUUUUUUGAUCUGGCUCUUAAGAAUCUCCCGCAAUGUAAACUCCCGGAAGAAAUAAAGAAUAUUUCCUGCAAGAAAUGCGUUGUGGUGGGGAACGGAGGAGUGCUGCGCAACAGCUCAUUGGGCAAAACGAUUGACAGCUAUGAUAUCAUAAUAAGAAUGAAUGAUGGUCCUGUGCUGGGUUAUGAAGCUGAUGUGGGACAGAAGACAACAUUCCGACUCUGCUACCCUGAGUCUAUGUUCUCAGAGACUUUGCACUAUGAUCCCAACACGACUGUUGUACUUUUGAUGUUCAAGCCUCAUGAUGUCAAGUGGUUAUCAGAACUUCUCAUGCACAAACGAGUGAGCACCUAUGGAUUCUGGAGGAAACCAGCCUUGAGUCUGAUCUACAAGCCCCACCAGCUGAGAGUGCUGAAUCCUUUCAUUCUUCGCCAAGUAUCUCAGAAUAUAUUGAAUUUUCCAAUCAACAUUCCAAAGACAGAAAAAUCAAGGCAUCCGACAACUGGAAUUAUCGCCAUCACCCUGGCUUUCAGUAUAUGCAACGAAGUACAUAUAGCAGGAUUCAAAUACAACCUGACAUCUUUAAACAGUUCACUACAUUACUAUGGGAAUGAGACCAUGUCUGCCAUGGCUCAGAAUGAAUAUCACAACAUCUCAGCAGAACAGAUGAUUAUAAGGGACCUCGUUAAACAGAAAACAAUUAAGAACUUGACGUGAUACAUGGUAUUAACAAACCAGACACUUUUCCUAUUUUUAUAUGGUUUUUUUUUCUUUUUUUUUGUACCGUUAAAGUAUUUUUUUGGGAAAAAAAUCAAGACGGAGAAAGGAAAACGAAUACCCCAUGUAUUCCAUAUAAUGGGAAUGGGAUAUCGGAAUCCCUCUUGUACAUUUGCAGCAAGACGAGCCAGCGGGAUUCCUGCCCAGCGUUGGACUGAAUAGGGUGUUAGUGCUGUAACCAAGCUCUAACACUCUGAUAAAUCAGAUGUUUCUUCAAAUAUGUCUAAUCUCCCAGAUCCUCCCAUUGGAUAACACCAGGAGCAAAGAUGUAAUAAUGUACAUUUGUAUAACAUUUGUUGGAGAAAUAUCAGUAUUUUGCAGAAAAAUAUUAUAUAAUGUAGUAAAAUGGUCAAUAUUUGAUCCUGUCUCCCAUAACCCAAAGCGACCAGUGAGCAGUUUGUUUAUACCGGUUUAUUGCCAUUAGAUUAUGAUGGGAAACAUCUGAUUGGACUGGAUUAGAGGACAAACUUUGUGUAUGUUUAGAGUUGUUCUCUAUCAUGGAAUGUAAUGGAGCAGAUGGAUGAGCCUUUCAUUCAGUGAUGUACUCGUUGUAUCGACCCCUUAACAACCAUUUAAACAAGAAGCACUUUCGUUUUUUCAACAAUGUUCACUGCAGAGUGUCCGUCCAUUCGGGUUAAAGGGGAUCUACACCCCCACAAAAAAAAAGAAUGUGAACUUACUUGGGGUCACCUUCUUGUGGUUUACAUUUCUUUUCUGUUUUUAGCGGUUUUAUUAUUUGCAGUUCUAGACCGCUAAUACAUCUAGUUCUUUUUCAAAGAGUGUCAGUGGUCCAGACUGACCGCAUAACCAAUAAAAAUGGAAAAUGAAUGUUGAUUGUCACUGGUAACUCAGUUUACAUGUGGUUUUUGCGUGGGUUAGAGCCCUUUUUAAGUAGAACCAACCCCUUUUUAUUAAAAUUCCCUACCCUACAUAUAACCCCAUCCCUGCUCCCCCGCAGCUUAGGUGUUACCCUGAGUAAAUGCCUUUAACUAUUUACUUAACCCUCGUUGUAUAUUCAGGGUAUUGGCGUUCACAGGCGCCAUCUUCUUUUCUUCGGUAAUCUUCGGGUCUUCUUCCGACACUUCGCCAAUUUGCAGUUGUUCAGGACUGGAAGAUUGCGCAAACUUCAAAUGCGCCGAUACACCACUCUCUUCCCAAAGAUUACCGAAGAGAAGAAGAUGGCGCCCGUGAACUCCUAUGCCCUGAAUCUGCAACGAGGGGUAAGUAAAGAGUUAGGGACAUUUACCCGGGGUAACAGGCUGUGGGGGAGCAAGUAGGGGGUAGGGUAGGGGAUUUUAAUAAAAAGGGGUUGGUUCUCCUUUAAGAGAUCAAAUUGCCAGUCUCUAGUUGGUAUUUGCCACAGAAUGUUGAAUUUGCAGAUACCCCCUAGAAUAAUAGAUGGUAUCCGGCACUAUGAUUUAAAUAGUGAAUAUCUCCUAAGGCUAAUGGCACAAAUAGCAUAAAUACUGGCAGUGGAGGUGCCAACGCCCUAAUAGUUAUUAAAGAGGCAGCCUUCACCUUCAAUUUUAGUUUAAAUGGAGAUAAUGAGCUCAGUAUAAACAACCUUGCCCCCCUUGUUGCUCCUGAGUUUGGCAUAUAGAUAAGGGGGUUUAUAUGUACACUGGGUAAAAUGAUAAACUACCUUCUCCCAAGGCUUCUCACAAGAACCUCAAACUCGCUGCUCUCUGUUUAUCCUUUUUUAGCCCAAGAAAUCUUAUAAAAAGAAUCUAGAAAGUCUUUUUAGCACAAGUUCCUGUUGGAACGUGAGGGGUAUACUGCUCUUUUUAAUGUUUCCCACAUGCUAAUAGAACUGCCUUUAUGAUUAGGUUAAAUAUUGGUUCAAUAAAACAACUGAAAUCUAUUGGGAUUUUGGAUUUACAUCAAAAUUGCUGCCUGCCAGGGAUACACCUAAACAGCGCUACACAAUAUGUCGGCGCUAUAUAAAUACAUGAUAAUAAUAAUAAUUAUAAGAGGCAACACCUUCUAUAUUGUUCUUGGGUAUGUGUUUAUCUGUGGCUCAUUAUCCAAAACUGCCAAUUUGUGUCUGGGUGGCAACCAAUCGCAACCAAUCAGUGAUUAGCUUUGUACAAACAGCGGCCAAUAGAUCAGUGAAGAAAACACUAUUGGUCAGUGCCCAUGUGCAAAUGUGCUGGUGUGUUGGUAAGUGAGGGAGUAACUAAGAGCUGCUGCUGGUGGUUACUUUGCCAGUCGGUGCCUAAAGCCCUUUGGAUGGAGAAAUCACUUUUUUUUUGGGCAAUGAAAGAGAAUUGCUAGUCACUAUAUCAACCAGUGACACUUGCGUUUGUAUAUAGUUUUGUAUAUUAUAUAUUAAUUUAAACUGCUGUACUUCUCUGAAAUUCUGGCUGGAGGACACAGACAUUUGUUGUAUACAGAGAACAAGGUGACUAUUUGGGAGCAUCGAAAUGAGAACACGCAGGAGAGCAGCGUCAUUUCUACAUAUCCUUUGUGACUGUCUGGCGAUACCAAUAAACGUACAUUUCAAUGCUC